AUGUCCCGGAAUGACAAGGAUGCCCUCGUGGCAUUCGUAAACCUCUUCAAGCUCUCAAAACGAGUCACAGACUUUGUCCAGCUCGCAGACGGGAAAGCCUUGAUGGAGGUUAUGAACUUUGUUGAUGAGACGCAUUUCAAGAAUGUCCCUGCCAGAGCUGUUGGACCAUCAAGCUCUUCGGAGAACUGGGUGCUCCGUACCAACACAUUGAAACGACUAUACCGCCUUCUCCUCUCCUACCCUCUCCCCGCUCCCCACCCUCCCUCUCUCUCCCUCUCAUCACUCCCCGAACCUCCCUUCUCUUCCAUCGCCAAAUCCCCUUCCACCCGCGAAGGUUCCCAAGGCCUCCUCCACCUCUGCCGUCUCUGCCUCGUGGUCGGCGUGUGGGCACCCAACAAUGAGAAUGUGAUCACCAAGAUCCAGAGGUUGAAUGAAGAGCAUAUGGCAGAGUUGAUGAAGAGUAUUGAGCAGAUUAUGGCGACGAUGCCGGAGGAGCAUCAGGGGAGUGGGCAGGCUUCGCCGUUGAAGCCGUCUCCGGAUAUGUCGUAUUCGCCCCCGCCGUCUGGACUGAGAGCAGAACGGGACAAGCUGCUGCAAGAGAAUGACGAUCUCCGUUCACGAUGUGAGCAGAUGGUCGCACAAGUGUCCAAGCUCACCAGCGAACUGGAUGAAGCAAAAGAGGACCGAGACGACGCCAUGGAGCGUCUGAAGCGGAAUGAGGGGCCUGGGGCCGGGCUUCGGACUAGUCAGAACGCUCAUACCGGCGAGUCUGAUCGUCUUACAGCAGACCUGCUGAAGUCUGAGGAGAACUUGGCACAUGUGGAGGAGCAGUUGGAAAAGCAGACUGCCCUGGUCAACGAACUAUCCAAAGAAAUCGAGCAGUACAAAGCCGAAGCCGAGGAGGCCGUACGGUUGAAAGAUCAGCUGGACGAAUUCCGGCAUACGUCGGACCGUCUGCGCAAGAGCGAGAAUGUGAUUGAAAAGUAUCGCAAGAAGUUGGAGGAUAGCGCUGGGCUUCGACGGGAGCUUCGGAAUCUCGAAAAAGAGAACGCCACGCUCGUCAACACCAACUCGACUUUGCAAGCCGACUUAGACAAGGCCCUCUCAUCGAAAUCGCUUCUGGACACUUACAAGUCACAAAUCACUACUCUCGAAAAGCAGACGUCUGAUCAGUCUUCGGAGAUUGCCCAGCUAAACCAGCAGCUGGAGACGGCACAAGGACAGUUGGAGGUGCUACAGCAGUCGUACGACGAGCACGAGGAAGAACUGGCUGUCAAUUUGGAGAAGCUGAAAGAGCUUGAGCUGAGUGGAGGGACUGAGGGUGGGGGAGGUGAAGCGGGGAAGAGAGGUAUGACGAGGAGCGAGUCGGGGGCUCUUUUGGGUGAUGUUUCGGUGUCGUUGGAUGAUGAACUGGAGGGGAUCGACGGGGGAGUGAUGGAGAGCAAGACAGACCUCCGCGUCAAGAUCAAAUCCCUCGAACGCGAGAUCGCUUCCCUCAAAUCUUUCUCCCACACCCCUGGCUCCCAAACAGAACUCUCCACCGUCCAGGCUUUGCUCUCCGACGCCACCCGUUCCCGUGACAGGUACCAAACAGACUAUCUCACCGCGCAUCGCGAGACUCUGCGCUUGUCGGCGACGUUGGAAGCUAUUCGUUCAGGUAAAGGGAAGGGUGGAAAUGCGGCUAUGGUUGAGGCCUUGAGGAAACGGGUGGAGGAGCUUGAGGAGGAAGUUAUAGGGCUGAGGAAGGAGAAGAAAGGUAUGCAGGAGGGGAAGGAAGAGGUGGAGAAGGCUCUGGAGGGCGCGAGGAGAGAUUUGGAUAUGGUUGGAAAGGACCAGCGAGAUAUUCUUGCGUCCUUGCGCGAAAACGUCGAAAAGGACACCACCAACCUUGAGUCCCAAGUCAGACAGCUCAAAGACCAGAUCGACAUUCUCCGCGAGAAGGAUAGGCAGAAUCUCGAAGAGAUCAAAAAACUCCUUACGGACAAGGUCGAUCUUCAAUCAGCUGGCAUCACCCAACGUGAACGAGUUUUGGAGAAGGAGAAAGAGUUCAGUGAACUUCGGGCGACGAUGUCUGCUAGCGGCGUCCCUCCGGAAACUCAGCAACAGCUUCUCAACGUACACGAAAAGAACAUCGAGCUAUCCGCAGAGGUGAAGGCUCUCCAAGAGAAACUCUUAGCUUCCCCCAGCUCCAACACAGAAGACCACUCUCUCUUCGAAGCCGCCCAACAGGCAUACGAAUCCCAAAUCGCCUCCCUCCAAGCCACCCUCUCCAAGCUCAAACAAUCGAAUGCGAGGUCGAAGAGUCUGCAUGAGAUGGAGAACCAGCUCAUGCUGGGCGCGUGGCAUGAUCUGGGGUCGAGGGUGAUGAGUGCGCAUCUGCAGAAUGCGGGGAGCGCUGCGGGGGUGUUGGGAGGGGCGGGGAGGAGGAGUCAGGGGAAGAGUACUCCGGGGGGGUGGCUUGGAAGGCAGAGGAGGGUGGUGAGUCUGUUCUGA